AUGCAGCUGCUUCUCCCUGCGUUCCUGUCUGCUUUGUCUCCUUUGCCCUUAAAGAGGCUUCCUGUACUCCCUCUCUCUCGCUUUUUUUCUGCACGCAACAACUCGAAUAGUGAAUGCCCAUUCCGCGUGUUAGGGCUGACCCCCGACGCAUCCGCUGCCGCUUUGCGCCUUCGUUACCUCCAACUGGCCAAAAAGCUCCACCCCGAUGCUGCCUUUCCCGAAUUUGAUUCGAAGACCAGUGGUUUCAUUGAGCUCAGAAAGGCGUAUGAACAGGCACUGCAAAUACAGAAGCAGUCGCAGUGUCUGAAUAGCCCACAGAAGGAGGAGGCCUCCUCUCCGCGAACUGGAAGGGGGGAAAAUUCUGCACAGGAGACAAUGAUUCUAAGGGAAUGGGAAAGGCAGCUAAAGGAGAGGUCCGAGUUCUGGGCCAAGGCUAAACAUGCAGAACAACGGAGGGCUGCAUCGGGGGAAGAUGUCUUUUACCAACAGCAAAUGCUCGAACGCUUUCAAAGCAAACUUGCAAUGGAAAAAAAGUGCAGGGAAUUUAAAAACACCAUAAAUGAACACCAAAAGGAUGAGGAUGUGUUGGAGGCAGCAGCACGGGAAAAGGCAGAAGCAGAAGCGUGGGAAGAACAUCAAAAGGAACUGCGCGCCUUCGGCUUAGAGACAAAUAGGAGCAGCUGGGCAACAGAAUACCUCUACACAAAACCAGCCGACAAGCUGUCAAAGGGAGUAACGCUGCGAAUUGGCAUUUUAACAAAUAUUAGAGAAGCAAACGCGAUUUGGGAAAGUUUAUCUCGUUCCGUCUGA